GCCUGUACGACUGUUUUUUUAUCCCAAGGUCAAACCCCUCCAUGGUAUGGCCCAACAAACACAAAACUACAGCACACACGAGGAAAUGAAGGUUCAAAAAUAUGACCUCUGCAAGCCCAUUAUUCAAUAAUUAAAUUAUUAGAUUAAUGGGUUCGGAUAGGAGACAAAAUAGUUAUAUUAUACCUGGACUGUGAGUUUAAAAGAAAGGAGAAGGCAGAUCACAGUUCACAGACAGAGAUGGCAGAAGAAGCAAAGGGAGGUGUUAAGAAUUUAUUGCUAGCACAAUUCAAAGAAGGAACCUCGGAGAGCCAGAUUGACCAACUGAUCCAAGGCUAUGCCAACCUAGUCAAUCUCAUUGACCCCAUGAAGUCCUUCCACUGGGGACAUGAAUUGAGCACUGAGAAGCAGCUGGAAGGGUACACUCAUGUGUUUGAAACAACCUUUGAGAGUGUGGAGGGUGUUGCAGAGUACAUAGCUCACCCUGCCCAUCUUGAUUUUGCAAACUUGUUCCUUCCCAAUUUAGAGCAAUUAUCUUUCAGCUCAACUGCAGACCAGCAAGUCAUCACCAUGAAAAACCCUAGUGAAAUACAAGUUAUGAUGAUGGAGCUGCUACCAGAUCCAAAAGAUCAAUCAUAAUAAACCAUUUUGUCAAUUUCUUUUCUUUUAAUUUGGGGUUUUAUUUUCUUAGUAAUUAAAAGUGUCAACUGAUUGUAAUGGUGUUAAUUUUAUGCAAUGAAGCUCCCACCUUAUCUGGGCUUUGUUUGUCUCUGUUUAUCUUUGGGCUUUGUCCUAGUGUCUUUUAUGAAGAUCUGCUCAUAGAAAAAUGAAGAAA